GAUUGCACUCCAUUACAAGGUAGGUGUCCGAACCCAACAAGGAACUAACUAUGAAGGUGAUCUUACUGAUUCUCAUCGGCGUUGCCAUAGCGGCGGCUGUUGAUUGGCCGAAGAUGGAUUCCCCGGACGUUGGGGGUGGCGGAGAUGGUGGUCCGUGGAUGCAAUGCCGAUUCACGUACAUGAAGUGCUGGUUUGACGCUAAAGAAAUCACGGAGAAAUACAAGUGUCAGCUGGAUUUUAAUAAGUGCAUGCGUGGACCCAGACCUACAAUGCCGGCUAACGAUGCGCUUGCGUACGAUGACGGUGAUGGUUCACAGGCAGGGGGUCCGUGGAUGCAAUGCCGAUUCACGUACAUGAAGUGCUGGUUUGACGCUAAAAACAUCGCGGAGAAGUACCAGUGUCAGCUGGAUUUUAAUAAGUGCAUGCGCGGACCCAGACCUACAAUGCCGGCUAACGAUGACGUAGUGAUGGGUACAUCCAACGACGACGAUGAUGAUGAUGAUGACGAUGAUAACGGGUCAGGACAACCUGGGGGACCAUGGAUGCAAUGCCGAUUCAAGUUCAUGAAGUGCUGGUUUGACGCUAAAAGCUUCAAGGAGAAGUACCAGUGUCAGCUGGAUUUUAAUAAGUGCAUGCGCGGACCCAGGCCCCAUCUGCCAUCUGCAUGAGCACGUGACGUCACAUUCUGAAUGACUUGAUAUGAUGAGCCUUUGAUGUUGGUUUAUAUCUCAGAAAUAUAUAAUAUAUGGUGUAAAUUGAUAAACCUCAGUGUAUGAAAUUAAUAUUAUUAGAAAGAGUUUUUAUCCCGGAAAAUAAUUCCAACAGAAAAACGGCUUAUCAUCAUGACUAUAACUAUUUCAGCGAUGGUAACUCUAGUCUCUUCCCCAGGCUACUCAAGGUCAGCUCUUUACAUUUGGGGUUAAGAGGACGUUCUAGCAAAAAAUUAAAAGGUGACGUCAUAAAUAUGCAGGGACGAAUCUAAGAAAGCUUUAGUAAUGUCCCAUAAAAGUUAGUUGCACUUUAUUGAUUAUAUUUUCAGUUAUAACUCAGUUCAAAAUUGCGCCCCAUUAAUCACCGUUUUCUUUCAUUUCCUAUUAUGUCUAGGGCUGAAAUUCAACAUAGUCUAAAUAGGUAUCAUGUCUAAUACCGACACAAAACAUACAUAAGCACGCACGUAUGGUCCGUCGCAGAAAUCUGAUAUCAAACGGGAAACAAUUUGGCUCUGCUGAAAAAAAAAGUGUGCAUGUAUUUCAUAUUUCAAAUCCAAUCGACUGCUACUGUUCUAAGUAAACACACGAAAAAGCCUCUAAUUAAAAGUAAUAUCCCCGUAAAGACCCUUUUACAAGGACAUCCUCUUUUACGACUAAACUCACGCCGUUCAACUUUCCUGCAAGAAGACUGAAAUGUUUUGAAAUCAUGACCAAGUGGGUCGACAAUCGGUGCAUCCCACACGCACCCCCCCCCCCCCCCCUCAACAUAAACACGAGAACAAAAGGUCUCUUCCUUUUGAGAAAAGGUAUUAAAGAGAAAAUGUUGACUUUAUUACAAGGGCACAAAACGGAUCUGUUCCGCAGCCCGUUUUUUACUGGCUGGGAAGACCCCUUGGUUGCUGGGAAAAAAUCGUCCCGUGGUGCAUGGUUCUUCUGGCAAAUUUGUGGAGUCGAACUAGUAUAUAUUUUUUGGGGCGCUGGAGCGGAAGCUUGGGGAAAAAUCGUCCCGAUCGGUUUUACUGGCAAUUAUUCAUGUGUUAAAAUGCCUAACCACUGCUGGCUGGAAGAAAGAAUUGUCUCUUCUCGAAAAAGGAACAGAUAUUUUUUCCCCAGCAACUUGAUAUUUUUGGCAUCGGAAUAUAUUUAAACGACGAAAUAUGCCAUUUUAUGCCGUUUUUAGGGAAAGGGGGCUUGUUGUAUGCCCUUGUUAUCAGGAAACUGAGCCUUCUGCAUUGAAUUCGUGCAAAUUGGCCAUUUUAGGGUUUCAGGUCUGUCGACAUUGAGCAUUUUUCUCCCCUCCCCAAUGUGUAUGUCAGAGUACAAUAAUAAAAAAAAUCUCAAUGUCUUGAAGUGACAUUAAAAAUAAGCGUAAAUCAAUGUUACCUAGUUUAACUUGUCUUUCGUUCCAGUAAAAACAGAAAUGAAAAUAUGCAUGAGCUGUCCCGGUUUUUGCAAAUAACCACCCCAAACGAAAACCUCACAGUUAUACGGGCCUGUUCUUCAAUUCUACGGAUAAAAUUUACGAUUUCGACUGCAAAGUACUUAAUCUUGACCCUAAUGUAUAAGUUUUCCAGAAAACUUACAGAAAUAUAGUAUACCAUCGUCAUUUAGUAUCACAUUGUUUAAGUAAGUAAGUUAAGUAAGUUUAAAUUCUCAAUGCAAAAAGUUUUGUUGACCGUGAUUGCUGUGAGUAUUUUCUUGGUCAUUUUCUUGAAUCAAAUAAAAGGUGUCUUUUAUAUUCAAACCAAGGUCUGAUCUAAUAAAUCAUUUCUAUAGUUACCUUAACAUAACUUAAGAAUUGAGCCGAUGUACAAACAGAAUGACAACAAAUAUAAGAUGAAUUACAAAUCACAGAGCAGAAGUUUUUAAAUGUGCGGUGUGUUUGAAAGACAUGUUCAAUUGUCAAGCAAAUAAUGAUGUGUUUCGAAUUAGUUUUAACGUCGUCUGCGAGAGUUCCCUGAAGAUAACAAGUCGCAGUGUUGAUCUUUUCAUCUUUUUCAGUUCUUCACUAUUUGUUCUACGGCAACGAUUUGGAGAAUAAAAAAUAAAUAAGUAGAAUAGAGCUAUCAAAGAUAAGUGUAAUGUUUAUGUAAGAUGUGCCGAAUUGUUACAUAAGCAAAUAAUUAGCUUUUACGUUUCAUGUGAAACUUGCCUUAAAAUAUAAGGCGUUACUCGACAAUCGUGCAAAUCUUUGUUGUGUUGUUGUUGUUGUUUUGUUUACUUAAUUUACACGCCACGGAUAAUUCGAAAAAAAAAAUCAUAAAAAAAGAAGUAGCAAGUGAAUAAAUGAUUGAUAAUUGUUCACGGAGACAAAGAGCUCGGAACAAAAGUCAACAACAUAAAAAUCUAAAAAAAGCAUUUGCUCAGCCGAGCAGCUCAUCCAACAUGACAUCACCGAAAUCACGUGCGCGCGUCGUGCAAGUUGUCCACUUGACUAUCAAUUGGCCACCGGUUCACCGGGGGGGUAAUUUCCGAAGAAAUAAGUUGUUUGCUUUUACAAUAGAAUUUUAUUAUCUCUUUAUCUUUAUCACACAGGAUUUUCAGCAUUUUUAUUAUUUUAUUGGAAAAUGGAAUAAAGUGUGCACGAAUUUGUCAAAGACUAAGAAAGUGCAUCAUUGAAAGAAAUUCAAGUAAUUAAAAACAAAAGAGAUUUGAUUUACUAGCAGGAAUAUUAAGUGCAAGCUCCAACUUUAGCGAAAAAAGGAUAAACCAAAAAGAUAUCCAUUAGACUGUCGUACUAUAAUAAAUUAACAGACAAUCCCUAGGAGAUCCCUUAACAUUGUGGGUGAAACAAGAAACUUUGGUAUAUUAGAUUAUUAAUACUCGUGUAGUUUUAUUAUCUGCUUGCAUUAUCAUGACAUUUUGUCUUCUGGGUGACCCCCCGGUUAAUUGGCUAUUCAUGUGAAGUGUUAUUGACAAUGCUCGGCAUUAUAAAAGCGGCACACACAAGCAAAUCAUCGCAUCUUUUCUAAACCCUCGAAAAGAAAGGAUUCUGUAGUGGUUUGUUAUGAUGAGACUCUUACUUGUGGUCGCCCUUGUCUGUACCCUGCUUGCUUGUGUUUUGGCGAACAGGGAAGAGGAGUCAAAGAAAGAGCUUCAACAGAAGCUCGAGGAUUCCAACGAUGAAUUUGAUAUGAAUAGUCUAGAAUCUGAUGACGACGACGACGAUGAUGAUGAUGAUGAUGAUGACGACGACGGCGAUAAGGGAUCAGGUGUGGGACCAUCGAAGCGACAAUGCAAGGAUGACUUCAGAAAGUGCAUACGAAAGGCUAAUUCGUGGAUAUCGAGACAUAGAUGCAAAAAGGAGUUUUUCAAGUGUCUUCACAGCCUUCGUCCCACCAGGCCCCCCAGGCCAACUCGUCCAACAAGACCUUAUCAAAAGUGUGUUUCAGACUAUAUGAAAUGCAUCAAGAAGGCGGGCUGGGACCAUCGCAAGCGCCGAGAAUGCCGAAUGAAGCUUAUUAAGUGCUAUAAAAGCUAAAUGACACCUGCCAAUUAACAUUUGCCAUAUAUGGCUGCAAUCGUUUUGUUCCAACAUCACAGCAACAAAAAUAAUUACAUUACUCCAUGUGUUUUGUUGAUUUUCCUUUUGAUUUGCUUACAUAUUUGCAGGAAUCACUGUCAGGAUAAUCUGGGAUUAUUAACCUUUUUUUUCGGAUUUGGGGGUGUGGGAAUUGACCAUUUUUUUUAUCCUGUCCGUUACCACGAGAUUUACAGAAGCUAUACUUAUAGUGAAAUAAAAAACAUGGAAAACAA